AGACGAAGUCUCAGGGUUCUUCUUCUUGUGCUGCCGAGAUACUGAUCGAUCUCCAACAAAACCACUGACGCAAUCGGAAGUCGACAUAUGGCCGAGCACGGUGGCGGAGGUGGAUGUUGCCCGCCGAUGGAUCUGUUCCGUUCAGAGCCGAUGCACUUAGUGCAAGUCAUCAUUCCUAUAGAGUCUGCUCGCUUGACCGUCUCUUAUCUUGGAGAUAUCGGCCUCAUUCAAUUCAAAGACUUGAAUGCAGAAAAAAGCCCUUUCCAGAGAACAUAUGCCGGCCAGAUUAAAAGAUGUGGAGAACUGGCACGGAAGCUUCGUUUCUUCAAGGAUCAAAUGUCAAAGGCGGGUGUCACACCAUCAGCUAAGUUUGAGGCCAAAACUGACUUUAAUCUAGAUGACCUGGAGGUGAAUCUUGGAGACCUUGAGGCUGAGCUUACUGAAAUCAAUGCAAAUAGUGAAAAAUUGCAGCGUGGCUAUAAUGAGCUUGUAGAAUAUAAGCUUGUUCUGCAAAAGGCUGGGGAAUUUUUCAAAGCGGCAGAAAGGAGCGCUGCAGCUCAGCAGAGAGAACUUUCAUCUCAUCAGGCUGGUGAAGAAUCUUUGGAAACCCCUCUAUUGAAGGAUCAGGAAUCAACAGCUGACCAAGGCAAACAAGUUAAAUUGGGGUUUCUUACUGGCCUUGUGCCCAAAGGAAAAGCCAUGGCUUUUGAGAGAAUUCUGUUCCGUGCUACAAGGGGAAAUGUCUUUCUGAGGCAGGCUUCAUUGGAAGAAGCUGUUGUUGAUCCUAAUUCAGGAGAAAAGGUGGAGAAAAAUGUUUUUGCAGUUUUCUUUUCUGGAGAAAGAGCCAAGAGCAAAAUUCUUAAGAUAUGCGAAGCUUUUGGAGCAAACCGUUACUCUUUUGCAGAAGAUUUAUGCAAACAAGCCCAAAUGAUAACUGAGGUAUCUGGAAGGCUAUCUGAGCUAAAGACAACAAUAGAUACUGGACUUCUGCAUCGUGGGAAUUUGUUGGAAACCAUAGGAAAACAAUAUGAACAGUGGAAUGACGUGGUCCGGAAGGAGAAGUCCAUUUAUCACACGCUAAACAUGCUUAGCAUUGAUGUAACAAAGAAGUGUCUUGUGGGCGAAGGGUGGAGUCCCGUAUUUGCAACCCAACAGAUUCAGUAUGCACUUCAGCAAGCAACAAUCGACUCCAAGUCGCAAGUUGGCGCCAUUUUUCAAGUUUUGCACACGAAAGAGUUGCCUCCCACCUAUUUCCGAACAAAUAAAUUUACCGAUUCCUUUCAAACGAUUGUUGAUGCAUACGGUGUUGCCAAGUACCAAGAAGCAAAUCCUGGAGUAUAUACUAUUGUCACGUUCCCAUUUCUGUUUGCGGUGAUGUUUGGUGAUUGGGGGCAUGGCAUAUGCAUACUGCUGGCAACUUUAUAUUUAAUAUUCAGGGAGAAGAAAUACUCAAGUCAGAAGCUUGGAGACAUAAUGGAAAUGACUUUCGGGGGCCGCUAUGUUAUAUUGUUGAUGUCGCUCUUCUCAAUAUACACGGGUUUGAUCUACAACGAGUUCUUCUCGGUUCCAUUCGAGUUAUUUAGUCCCUCAGCAUAUGCCUGCCGUGAUGCUGCAUGCAGUGAGGCUACUACUAUAGGCUUGAUAAAGGUGCGUGAUACAUACCCAUUUGGUGUGGAUCCUGCAUGGCACGGGAGUCGCAGUGAAUUGCCAUUCCUUAACUCUUUGAAGAUGAAAAUGUCAAUUCUUCUUGGGGUAGCACAAAUGAAUCUCGGAAUAAUACUGAGCUUCUUCAAUGCUCUGCACUUUAGGAAUGCUGUGAAUAUCUGGUUCCAAUUUAUUCCCCAAAUGAUCUUCUUGAAUGGUCUGUUUGGUUAUCUUUCCCUCCUUAUCAUUGUAAAGUGGUGCACUGGUUCGAAAGCUGAUUUAUACCAUGUAAUGAUAUACAUGUUUCUUAGCCCCACCGAUGAUCUCGGUGAAAACCAGCUUUUUCCAAACCAGAAGACAAUUCAGCUUGUGCUACUACUGUUGUCCCUAAUUGCUGUCCCAUGGAUGCUGCUACCUAAGCCUUUCAUUUUGAAGGCACAACAUAACAGGACACACCAAGGUGAGUCCUACACAGCCCUUGAAGGCACAGAAGACUCCUUGCAGGUGGAGGCAGGUCAUGAUCCCCAUGAUCAUGAAGGAUUUGAGUUCAGUGAAGUAUUUGUUCAUCAACUCAUCCAUACAAUAGAGUUUGUACUCGGGGCAGUAUCAAAUACAGCUUCAUACCUUCGUUUAUGGGCACUCAGCUUGGCGCAUUCAGAGUUGUCAACUGUGUUCUAUGAGAAGGUUCUUCUUCUUGCUUGGGGGUACAAUAACGUGAUUAUCCUUAUCGUGGGUAUCAUUGUGUUUAUCUUUGCAACCGUGGGGGUGUUGCUAGUGAUGGAAACGUUGAGUGCAUUCCUACACGCGUUAAGGCUCCACUGGGUGGAGUUCCAAAACAAGUUUUACGAAGGAGACGGGUACAAAUUCGCCCCCUUCUCGUUCGCAUUACUCGGUACUGAAGAGGAAUGAUGAGAUGCCCAUCUUUAAAUAAAGAAAAAAGAAGCCAGCAGUCAUGCUGUUUGUGCAUAGUUGCAUCUGUAAGUUUACUAUUUUACCCCCCAUCAAUUUGGACAAUGUUAUAUAUAUAGAUGAGAAUGAUUGGAAAUGGCGUUUUUUGCAGCAUUGCGUCCACCAUUUUUUGUGCUAAUAAGAAGUAUCGUAAUAGGGACAGCCUGUGAAGUGGUACAACAAUUUGUAUGACAACCUUUUGGUAAUAAAAAUUCGUUUAUUUAUGGAAACAGUAAGUAUAUGAAA